CAGUGAGGGAACUGCAUGUGCUUCGUUUUGGGGUUAAUAAAACUAAGGACUCUAUAUUCACUUUGAGUCCUUCUUUGUUCCCUGUUUAUCUAUUUUAAUUCUUGUUUUACAUUUUCGGUUCCCUCCACAAAGUGAUAAAGAAAUAUAAUUUUGUGGAUAAUCAAACUCUCCACGUGAACAAUAUAUAUGCACAGUUGAAAAAAAUAAAAGAUAUCUAUUCCAACAAAAAAUAAAGAAAGAAAGAAAACCAAUGGCUCAUGCUAAUGAAAAAGAGAAAGAUACCAGAACAGAGGAGGAGAAAGCCAUAGAUGCAUGGCUUCCCAUCACAUCCGAUCGAAAUGCGAAGUGGUGGUACUCUACUUUUCAUAAUGUCACUGCCAUGGUUGGUGCUGGUGUCCUCAGUCUCCCUUAUGCCAUGUCUGAGAUGGGAUGGGGGCCUGGGGUGACAGUAAUGCUGCUUUCAUGGGCAAUAACAUUUUAUACAAUCUGGCAAAUGGUAGAGAUGCAUGAAAUGGUACAUGGCAAGAGAUUUGAUAGGUACCACGAGCUAGGUCAACAUGCUUUUGGUGAAAAACUAGGACUUUGGAUUGUUGUACCCCAACAAAUAGUGGUGGACGUGAGUUCUUGCAUAAUAUACAUGGUAACAGGUGGCAAGUCGUUGAAGAAAUUCCACGAAACAGUUUGCCCUGAUUGUCAACCAAUAAAGCUGACCUACUUCAUCAUAAUAUUCUCCUCAGUCCACUUUGUACUUUCUCAUUUGCCAAAUUUCAAUUCCAUAUCGUUGGUGUCCUUGGCUGCAGCGGUCAUGUCCUUGACAUAUUCGAUUGUUGCUUGGGCAGCGUCUGUAGGGAGAGGGAUUGAAGGCAGAGAAGUGAGCUAUGAACUUAGGUGUGAAAAGACAUCUGAUAAUAUUUUCAUGUUCUUGAGUGCACUUGGAGAUGUGGCUUUUGCCUAUGCUGGCCACAAUGUGGUCCUUGAGAUUCAAGCCACCAUUCCUUCAACACCCGAAAAACCUUCCAAAGGUCCAAUGUGGAAAGGUGUAUGGGUCGCUUAUCUCAUCGUCGCCGUCUGUUAUCUCCCUGUCGCUUUCAUUGGCUAUUGGGCCUUUGGUAACGUCGUUGAGGAUAACAUCUUGCUUUCACUCGAAAAACCUACUUGGGUUAUUGCUGCAGCUAACUUGUUUGUUGUCGUUCAUGUCAUUGGAAGUUACCAGGUUUUCGCAAUGCCCGUAUUUGACAUGAUAGAGACAUAUGCCGUGAAAUCAAUGAGACUAAAACCAUCCACUAUUCUUCGGUUCAGUGUGCGUACUACAUAUGUUGCAUUAACAUUGUUCGUGGGUCUGACCAUACCAUUCUUUGGUGGCCUAAUGGGAUUUUUUGGUGGAUUUGCUCUGGCCCCAACAUCGUAUUACCUUCCUUGCAUCAUUUGGCUUAUCAUUGUAAAGCCCAAAAGGUUUGGCUUUUCUUGGUUUAUCAAUUGGUUCUGCAUCAUAGUUGGCAUACUGCUGACUGUUUUAUCACCCAUUGGAGGGAUGUGGACUCUUAUCAAACAAGCUAAGAACUACCGGUUUUACCAGUGAUCUGCAAUUCCUUUUUCUUAUAAUCUGGAACUGUAAAUAGUUACCUUUUUUUUUUGCCUUUUGCCAUUUGUUUCUCACACUUAUUUUUCAGCACACUUUAGAACAAAAAGAAUGUAUUUAUUUGUUAUAAAUGCUUAACUGCCUUUGUGAAUAAUACUUGGAAAUAAAACAUCUUUGUUUAGGAGUGC